CGGAGGUGCAGAUAAUCCCAUCCCGGUCUUGAGCUCCAAGGCAGCCCUGUAAUUGGCUGGGUCACUGGCAUGCCCCGCUAAAAAGUCUAUGGGCCUGGGCCUGUUCCCGCCGUUGCUAUCAGAAGGAGGGGUAUCCGUUCCAUGGUGGGGUAGCCACCUCUCUGAAAACGCCCAGCCGUCUGGACACCUGAGACCGGCAUUGACUCAACCUCGCCGUCGAGAGUCACGCCCUUUUUUUCUUCCUUAAAAACGCGGCUCCAUCUUGACCUCUGAACGUUAUACUCACCUCAGUUCACUUCAACAGGCGAAAAGGCAUCACCAUGGGCGACUCGACCGAACAAUCCAAGUCGGCGUUGAAGAAGGCUGAGAAGGCCGCGAAGAUGGCAGCUCAGAAAGCUGAGAAGGCGGCCAAGCAGGCUGCCCUGCCCAUCCAGAGCAAGAAGGACGACAUUAUUGGUAUUACCGCCAAGAAGGGGGAGAACUUCAGCGCCUGGUAUCAAGAAGUUGUCCAGAAGGCCGAGAUGGUGGAGUACUACACCGAGAUCAGCGGUUUCUUCGUCAUGCGUCCAAACACCAUGUACAUCUGGAAUACUAUCCGAAAAUGGUUUAAUGAGCGCAUUGAGGCUGCCGGUGUCGAGGAAUGCAACUUCCCCAUGUUCCUCAGCUCUACAUCACUGCAGAAGGAGAAGGACCACGUUGAGGGCUUUGCCCCAGAACUCGCGUGGGUCACCAAGGCUGGUGAGAAGGACCUCGAAGUGCCAGUUGCCGUUCGCCCAACUUCCGAGGCGGUGAUGUAUCCCUACUACUCCAAGUGGAUCAGGAGUCAUCGUGAUCUUCCCUUGAAGCUCAACCAGUGGGUAUCAGUUGUGAGAUGGGAGGCUAAGCAGACAGUGCCCUUCCUGCGCGCAAGAGAAUUCAUGUGGCAAGAAGGUCAUACUGCUUUCGUGUCAGAGGAGCAAGCAGGAAAGGAAGUUCUGGAAAUUCUCGAGUUGUAUGCCGGUAUCUACGAGCAACUGCUCGCAGUGCCAGUCGUCAGAGGCAAGAAGACCGAGGCUGAAAAGUUCGCCGGUGGCUACUACACCACCACCGUUGAGGGUUACAUCCCAAGCAAUGGCAGAGGCAUCCAGGGUGCCACAAGUCACUGCCUUGGCCAGAACUUCUCCAAGAUGUUCGACAUCACUGUCGAAGACCCCGCCAACAAGGGCCAAAAGAUUCACGUCUGGCAAAACAGCUGGGGUCUGUCAACGAGAGUGAUCGGUGUCAUGGUCAUGAUCCACGGUGAUGACAAGGGUCUUGUCCUCCCACCACGCAUCGCCAAGACCCAGGCCAUCCUGAUCCCCGUUGGGUUGACGGCUAAGACCACCCCAGAGGACAAGGAGAAGCAUCUCGACCGCAUGUAUGAGUUGCUGGCAAUUCUCAAGAAGGCCGGCGUUCGCACCGAGAUCGACACCCGCGAGGGCUACACCCCAGCCUGGAAGUUCAACGACUGGGAGAUGAAGGGCGUUCCCGUCAGACUUGAGUUCGGUCCCAAGGAUGCGGCCAAGGACGUUGUCUCCUUCGCCCGCCGUGACACCGGCGAGAAGGGCACCAUCCCCAUUGGCGAGCUCACCACCAAGGUCCCGGAGCUCCUCGAGACCAUCCAGCAAGACAUGUACAACAAGGCUGAGAAGACCUUCCGCGAGCAUCGCGUCAAGAUCACCAACUGGGACGAGGUUGUCCCCGCUCUCGAUGCCAAGAACGUUGUCAUCAUCCCCAGCUGCUUGGUCCCCGCCUGUGAGGACAGAAUCAAGGAGCUCACUCGUGGCGAGGAUCUUCCCGAGGGCCCUGACGGCCAGAAGGUGCCAUCUAUGGGCAUGAAGUCACUUUGCAUUCCCUUUGAGCAGCCGGAGGGUCUGGUCAAGGGUGAGACCAAGUGCUUGAACCCAGAGUGUGGUCGCCUUGCCGAGUCUUUCUGCAUGUUUGGUCGCUCUUACUGAGUAAUCUAGAGGGGAAGGAAAACAAAAUAAAUCGAUUCUUUGUCGUUCACGGGGUUAACCAAAAGCCUGUUAGCGGAGAUGAUCAUGUGCUUGGGCAGAGGACAAAAGCUUCCAUUUUGCACAGUGGAGGAUAAGGGAAGGGUUAUCUUUUAACGGGGUUAGGAGUCGCGGUUUGGCUGGAGGGAAAGCGAUUCUGGCUGCCUAGCUCGAUCCCUAUUCUUUCCCUAGGCAAUAGACAAAGUAUCGACCAUUCAUUUGCUCUGCUGGCGUUUGUGAUGUGCUGGUUCGGGCGGGCAUAUAGAACAGUGGGCGGACAUGGUUUAUAACCCCGAUGAACAUGGCG